GCCCGCUGGCACUGGGAAACGCUUCCAACACACAAUCCACCACGCAGCUUGGGAGCCGAAAGGCUACGGAUCGGGCCACUCAGCUCGGGCACGGGCGAACCACCCGCAGGGCCUCGCUGCAGGGCAGAGGCGGAGGACGGCGUGACCCCGGGUUAACAAAAGACCGUGCGGGCUCGGAGGCCGGAGAGCCAUUACCUGCCCAGGGCGAACUCUCCCGAUAGCCAGCGUAUGCAUGAACUCAGCUCGGUCUUUGAUGUUCAGCAACUGAUCACUGAUCAGAUUACAGGCAUUUCAUCUCCCAGCUCGUUUGCCUUUGAUCUGCAUGGUUAAUUUCAUUUUCCUGGAUGUGAAGUUUCGUCCGGGCUUGUGCUGACACACAUUUUUUGGGGGACGGCGUAGACGCGCUGCCAAGGAGAGACUGAGUUGCUGGAAGGAGCUCUUCAAUAAUAAAUACAUUUGAUAAGAAGGAUGGCUUUGAAAAUACUACCAGAACAAGAUAAAACAUUUUUCAUCACUGUAGUUUUAUUAGGCUGUCUGCUAUGUACAGCGAUCUGUGAAACAGGAGACUGUAGACAACAAGAAUUCAGGGAUCGGUCUGGAAACUGUGUCCUCUGCAAGCCGUGUGGGCCUGGCAUGGAGUUGUCCAAGGAAUGUGGCUUCGGCUAUGGGGAGGAUGCACACUGUGUUACAUGCCGGCCGCACAGGUUCAAGGAGGACUGGGGCUUCCAGAAAUGCAAGCCGUGUCUGGACUGUGCACUCGCAAACCGCUUUCAGAAGGCAAAUUGCUCCGUCACCAGCGACGCCGUGUGUGGGGACUGCUUGCCAGGGUUUUAUAGGAAGACUAAACUGGUUGGAUUUCAAGACAUGGAGUGUGUGCCUUGUGGGGACCCCCCACCUCCCUAUGAACCACACUGUACCAGCAAGGUCAACCUUGUGAAGAUCGCAUCCACAGCCUCCAGUCCUCGGGACACGGCCCUGGCUGCGGUCAUCUGCAGCGCCCUGGCCACCGUGCUCCUGGCGCUCCUCAUCCUCUGUGUCAUCUAUUGCAAGAGACAGUUCAUGGAGAAAAAGCCCAGCUGGUCUCUGAGGUCCCAAGACGUGCAGUACAACGGCUCUGAGCUGUCCUGUUUUGACAGACCUCCGCUCAGCCCGUGUGCUCACAGAGCCUGCUGUCAGUGCCACCAGGGCUCAGCCCAGCCUUACGGGCCUCUUCACCUGAUCCCGUCCCUGUGCUGCGAUGAGGCUUGCGGUGCCAACCGGGCAGCUCUAGCUUGUGGGGCGCAUUCUGCAGCCACCCUACAGGACAGGAGCGCAGGGUCAGCUGGGGAUGCGAUGGCAGCCUUCUUCGGGUCCCCUUCGCGGUCCGUCUGUGGCGAGUUCUCCGACGCCUGGCCUCUGAUGCAGGAUGCCGCUGCUGGUGACAGCAUCUCCUUCUGUGACUCUUACUCUGAACUCGCCGGAGAGGAUCUUCAUUCCCUCAAUCCAGAAAACGAAAGCGCAACGUCUUUGGAUCCAGACAGUGCUCAGGAUUUGGUGGGCGGAGCAGCUCCCACUGAAAGUCACUCUGAAAACUCUACGGAAAAUACGGACUCUCCCACGUACAGGAGCGCGCGGGCAGAGCCAGCAGCAGCUCAGGACGCACUGCGUGCUGGAAGCCAGCUGGAGCAGGAGAGCAGCCGCACUGGGAAUGCAAACACUGCCCCGGCCCUCCAGGAAGCUUAAAGGCCACACCUGUCUGCAGUGGAGGCGUGUGUCUGCAACCCAGCGGGUACUCCACAUGGGCUUUCGGACUGCUCAGACUGGACCGUGCAGAGCUUCUGGUGACAAGAUAAAUCUGAACCAAACGGAUGGCAUUUGAAGCCUUUCAACCAGUUGCUUCUGAGCCAGACCAGCUACCAGCUGAAAAACCACAGCAAAACAGCCAGGCUCGAGGCUAACUCGUGACUCGUGACUCUCUGUGUCUUUCCUGACCGAGAAGCGUCUCUGCUCCAGGGCGACUUCCAAGACAGAUGAGCUUGGUUGCACCUGCGAGAAAAUGGACGCAUCCCUGCUUAGGUUGAUGGUGACUGUGGCUUUCCAAGACCGAAGACCCACAGUGCACAUUUGCAUUGACAUUUUCUCUCUGGAAGUAAUGUCAUUAUAGUCUGUUGUCCUACUAA